AUGUCUGAACUAAUAAUAGAUCCAUCAUUAAUUAAAAGAAAACUUCUACAUAUAUCACAGACAAAUAAAUUUACUGAAUUUUCACCACAACAAUUAUACAAUCAUCAAAAAGAAGUUACAAAUUAUUUACAACAACAUGAAAGCUCAUUAAAUUUAAUUGAAUUAUAUAAUUUAUUAGAACUUCAAUUUUAUUUAAACAUAUUAACAAAUAAUGAUGAAGAAGCAAAAAUAGUAUUAAACAAAAUUAUAUCAUAUUUUAAUGAAGGUAAUGAAACCAAAAUAGUUAGAUCUCAAAGAUUAAAAUUUUUAAAAUCAAUAUGGUAUGAAAGUCAAAAUGAUUUAAAAAAAUCAAUGGAAAUGCUUAAUGAUGAACCAGAUGAAUUAAAAUUAAGUAGAAGAUUAACAACAUUUGCAAGAAAUCAUAAAGGAAAUAAUGAUACCUCCAAAAAUUCAAAUAAAUAUAUUGAUAAUUUAAUUUAUUAUUUAAAUUUACAACCAAAUGAUAUAUUAACAUGGAAAGAAUUAAGUGAAGAAUAUCUUAUAAGUGGUAAUUAUGAUAAAUCAAUAUAUUGUUUAAAACAAGUAUUAUUAAUUCAACCAAAAGCAUAUCCAAUUUUUUAUAAAAUUGGUUUAAUAUAUUAUUAUAAAUUUUUAAAUCAUUUUUCAAAAUUAAAUAACUUAAAUAAUGAUAAAAAAGAUAAAUUGAUUGAAUUAUUAAAAAUUUUCAAAUUAAGUAGAGAUAAUUAUUUAAUAAGUUUAGAAAUUAAUCAAAAAUUUGAUAAAUCUUGGGUUGGUUUAAAAACUUUAAUUAAUUUAAAUUUUGAUUCAAAAUUAAUUAAAGUUAGUGAAAAUAAUAAAGAAAUAAAAGAAUUUAUAAAAGAUAAUGAAAAGAUAAAGGUGAUUGUUGAUAAACAAAUUAAAGAGUUGAAUAUAGAGAUAUAG